CAAAACCACACUGCUUUUGUUUGAUGCAUUAAAAUGUAUAAUAGUUGAUUAGUUUAUCAGCAUUAGAUGAUUAAUAAGGAUUCAGAACAUAGACUCAGUUCUGCUGUGCAAAAGACAUGAGAGACUUCUCACUUCUAUGUGGUCAAGGCCAUACUGCUAAUUUUGCACUUCCUGUUUUAACUGUGAGGGUGUGAAUGUGAUCUAUAGAGUGUGUUCAUUAUGAUGAGACACACUGCAGCAGUCGGUCAGUGUGUGUUUAGCUCUAAUUCUCUCUUUGGAUUAAUGUGUUGGUCCUCAGGAAGAAUGCAGGUGUGUUUUCUUCUCCUCCUCCUUAUACAGCUUCAUGUCACUGAAGGCUGCUGGCUGAAAGGAAAUAGAGAGACAGAACGGAUCACUGCAUACACAGGAGACUCAGUACUGCUGCCCUGCUCCUGCACUGAGCUCCACAGCAAACCUGAGACAUUCACAUGGUGGAAUAGAACAGGUGGAUAUAACUGGACACAGAUAUCUCCUGAGAGUGAUGAGUACAAAGAGAGAUUUCAGCUGGUUAAUGAUCACUCUUCAGGAAAUCUCUCUCUGCUCAUAUCACACCUGACUGAACAGGAUGGAGGAGAAUACAGGUGUGAUGUUAAUUGGGAUGAAUACAGAUACGUCAGACUCACUGUUAAAGGCUGCAGUCUGAAACGAAAUAAAGAGACAGAACAGAUCACUGCAUACACAGGAGACUCAGUACUGCUGCCCUGCUCCUGCACUGAGCUCCACAGCAAACCUGAGAUAUUCACAUGGGAGAAAAAUACAGAUGGAUAUAACUGGGCACAGAUAUCUCCUGAGAGUGAUGAGUACAAAAAGAGAUUUCAGCUGGUUAAUGAUCACUCUUCAGGAAAUCUCUCUCUGCUCAUAUCACACCUGACUGUACAGGAUGGAGGAUAUUACAGGUGUAAUGUUAAAGGGGAUGAAUACAGAUACAUCAGACUCACUGUUAAAGAUAAAUGAG